AUGAGCAGUCCCAAACGAAGAAUCGAGACCGAUGUCAUGAAGAUGUUGAUGAGUGACUAUGAGGUGACACUGGUGAACGAUAAUAGUAAGAAAUUUGUUAUGGCCCUUCGGCUAGUCACAUGUUCAGUUUCGCUAACUAAAAACCCAUCCAGUGAAUUCUAUGUCCGCUUCAAGGGCCCGGAAGAGACACCGUUUACUGGCGGACACUGGAAGAUCCAUGUGGAAUUGCCUGACCAAUACCCUUACAAGAGUCCGAGUAUUGGAUUUGUUAACCGGAUUUUCCAUCCCAAUAUCGAUGAGCUAUCUGGCUCUGUUUGCCUCGACGUCAUCAACCAGACAUGGUCACCCAUGUACGACAUGAUCAACAUUUUCGAGGUUUUCCUGCCACAGUUACUCCGCUACCCCAAUCCGUCAGACCCCCUUAAUGGAGAGGCUGCCGCAUUAAUGAUGCGGGAGCCUAAGGCAUAUGAAGCCAAAGUGAAAGAAUACGUCUCCAAGUAUGCCAGUAAAGAAGCUGUAGACGAGGCGGGUGAAGACACCGAGUCAGAAGACGAACUCAGCUCAGCAGGUAGCUAUGAAUCUGGUGGCGAAGAGCCCGCCGGCACAAUGGACGACGUUUGA